UGGUUUGAAAUAAAAUUUCAGUGUUCAGUUAGAAUGAGUUUAGAUUUAAACGGGAGUUUGAAUAGUUAACAACACACGCUAAAUCAAGAAAAAACAAAGCGCCUAAAAGCAAAACAAGAAAGUAAAACAAGCUUUACAUUUGGAAAGAAAUUGAAAAUUGUAUUGAGAAGAAAAUAAAAACAAAACGUUCAAGUGAUACAAAGAAAAAAAAAAAAAAAAAGAGAAGGCAUUUAAAUGAACUUUUUACUAAACAGAACUUUUAAAAAUUGAAAAAUCAAACAAAACACUUUGUAAAUUUAAAAUUGAUUUAAAAAGUGAAGUGAAUGAUGUUAAAGAUGGUGCCAUUACGAUUAUUUGUAAUAAGCCUUAUAGUGGUCUUGUCUUGUAUCAAGGCCGGAGAAUCCUAUGCAGUGGGCCAGUCCAAGUAUGGCCGUAUUGAGAAAUUUCCCUAUCAAGUGAUGUUGAUUGGCAAACAAUUGUGGCGAAAACGUAUACUCUGCGGUGGUACCCUACUGGAUAAUCGUUGGAUUUUAACUGCCGGUCAUUGUACCAUGGGCGUGACACAUUUCGAUGUCUAUAUGGGAACCAAGAGCGUUGAUGAAUCUGUGGAAGCGGGAAAAGUGGUGAUGCGCAGCAAUAAAUUCAUUGUCCAUGAACAUUUUAAUCCCCGCACCGCAGCCAAUGACAUUGCCUUGGUUAAGCUGCCCGAAGAUGUGGUGUUUACAUCGCGCAUUAAACCCGCCACCUUGCCACAUGCCAUGCAAAAUGAUCAAUUUGUGGGUUCACGUGUCGUGGCCACCGGUUGGGGUGCAGCUGGUGAAACCUCCAACUCUGAUCCCAUGCAAUACACCGAAUUGAGGGUUAUUUCCAAUGCAGAAUGCGCUGAUGAAUUCGAUGUCAUUACCGAUGGUGUUUUGUGUGCCAAAGGUUUGAAAGAUGAGACCGUUUGUACCGGUGAUUCUGGUGGCCCCUUGGUCUUGAAGGGCAGUCAGGUUGUGGUGGGCAUUACAAGUUUUGGCCCAGCCGAUGGCUGUGAAACAAAUAUUCCCGGUGGCUUCACACGUGUCACGCACUAUCUGGAUUGGAUUGAUUCAAAAAUUGGUAAAAGUCAGACAAAUUAUCAACAACAACAGAAACAACAACAACAGCAGCAGCAACCUAAACAAAAGCAUUUAAAUGAUGGUCGCUAUCAUCCGCAACAUAAUGUCCAACAUAAGGCUAUGGUCAAUACGCCUAGGGAUCAUCCCAAUAUUGUGUAAAAUUGUUAAAAAGAUGGAGAAGAAGAAGAAAGAGAAGAUAACAAAAACAAGGAUCCCUCCCUUGUAUUUGGACAUUACUGCUGAAUCUCAUUGAAAUGACUGACUGAACCUAAUAGCUUUAUUUUUACACCCCUAUUUUUGUUACAAACAAACAAUCCUAUCCAGUAAUUAUAGUAUGUAAGCAUGUUAUUAUUUAUUUUUUAGUAUAAACUAUUAUAGAUAAUGCGAGGAUUUAGUACAGGAAUUAUUUUAUAUUUUACGGAAAAUGUGCAGAGAUUUUAUAAAAAAUAAUAUUACAAUGUUUACACAAAGUUAUGAAAAAUUAUCCAAUGAUGUUUUUUUUUUGACAUUUGUAUAUUUGCAUACAAAAACACGUCGAGUAAAUCAAAACAAACAGCUGCUAAAACAGCUGAUUUUUGCAUUUGUUUAAAAAUGUUUCUCUCUGAUUUUAUUUUAAAUAAUAAAAUUCUGGGACGUUACAGAUUUAUAGACAUUAUUUUAAAAAAAAUCUCAACGUUUUUCGUUUAUAAGAAAAAUAAAUAUAUUUUAAGAAAAAGCAAUGUAUUGAGAAAAGGAACCACAGAAAAAUGUAUAUGCCAAGAGCAAUACAAAUUAAUUAAAAAAAAAAUCAAAAUAUAAAAUAGAGAAAGAGAGAGUAUAUUUGAGUGUGAGCAAGAGAUUUUUGACGUUAUUGAAAUUGUUGAACCAUUAGUCAUCUUUGUUAUUCAUAUUAAUGCAACGUAAAUUUUAACACUAAAUUAACUCAGAUUUUCCAAAACUUAAUUGCAAUUAUUAAUUUGUCAAAUGUGUU